GAAGGAGGGAGGGGGCCGUGCUCAGCGCCCCGGCCGGGCCACGGGGCCACAGGGCAACACGGCCACGCCGCCUGCCGCAAACCCUAGCCGGAGCGGAGCCGGGCGGGCAGGCAGAGCAGCUCGGUCUCGGGAACCCUCUGGGAUGCCUGAGAGUGUCUCUCUCCUGCCCCCAGCCUGGCUCCCACCAUGAGUGCCGAGCUCAACGUGCCUGUGGACCCCUCCACUCCUGCCUGCUCUGAACCGGGCCACAAGGGCAUGGAUUACCGAGACUGGGUCCGCCGCAGCUACCUGGAGCUGGUCACCUCCAACCACCACUCCGUGCAGGCCCUGUCCUGGAGGAAACUCUACCUGAGCAGAGCCAAGCUGAAGGCCUCCAGCCGGACCUCUGCCCUCCUCUCGGGCUUCGCCAUGGUGGCCAUGGUGGAGGUGCAGCUGGAGACGCAGUACCAGUACCCCCGGCCGCUGCUCAUCGCCUUCAGCGCCUGCACCACGGUGCUGGUGGCCGUGCACCUCUUCGCCCUGCUCAUCAGCACGUGCAUCCUGCCCAACGUGGAGGCCGUGAGCAACAUCCACAACCUCAACUCCAUCAGCGAGUCGCCGCACGAGCGCAUGCACCCCUACAUCGAGCUGGCCUGGGGCUUCUCCACCGUGCUGGGCAUCCUGCUCUUCCUGGCCGAGGUGGUGCUGCUUUGCUGGAUCAAGUUCCUGCCCGUGGAUGCGCGCCACCAGCCCGGACCCCCGCCCGGCCCCGGCGGUCACACAGGCUGGCAGGCCGCCCUCGUGUCCACCAUCAUCAUGGUGCCCGUGGGCCUCAUCUUCGUGGUCUUCACCAUCCAUUUCUACCGCUCCCUGGUGCGCCACAAAACCGAGCGGCACAACCGCGAGAUCGAGGAGCUGCACAAGCUCAAGGUGCAGCUGGACGGCCACGAGCGCAGCCUGCAGGUGGUGUGAGGGCGCGGCGCCCCGGGGGCACAGCACGGAGGUGGGCUGCCGGCGAGGCCGCCCUGACACUGCCAUGUGGUUCGAGACCAAAGUCUUACCCCCUGUCUUCACGCUGGAAAACCUGGCUGGGUGGUCCUCCCGCAGAAAUUGGAAAUCUGUAGUAAAAAGAGAGACUCUGUUGCUCAAAGAGCUGAGACCAAAAAAAAAGCCUGAGUCCUGGGGCCUGGGGAUUUCCUGCGGCAGGAGAGGGGGCUCCGAGCAGCCCCCAGGCAUCCCGGGCAAUCUCAGCGAUGGGGAGCCGGCGGCCGGCGGGGGAGGGCUGAGGGUUUCAGAGGAGGGAUGGCCCCAUGACACCUGAAGUGGGUCUCAACGUGCCACCCUCUGUGACUAGAUGGGGUGCAGGCCCACAGCUUGGCCUGGUGCUUCCCUCCCCUGCCCUGGGGGGAUUAGGUGGCCAGGCUGACAGGGGAGAGGCAGGAGCCGGGGUCCCAGGUCUGCUCAGCAGGCGUGGUGGGUGCUCAGCCAGGCAUCGGACUGGUCUGGCCCUGGGGAAGACUUCCAAGGAUGGAGGCCUGGCAGGGCUAGGGAGGCACGUCUGUGGGCAUCCCAUGUGGGAUGGGGGGGGCGAGGGUGUACUCUGGGGCACACUGGGCUCAAGUUCUCUAUUCCUAGCCAGCCUGGAGCCCUGGUCACGUUGACGCAGCAAAGCCACCAGUUUGGGGAAAGGGCCUACAGUCCAGAGGCCUCAAUCUUUGGGCUACAGAAUGGCCUCUGAGCCCACAUUGGCUGCCCCUCCAGGCUAUGGCUGCCAAAGGUACUUGCCCAGAAAGCAGAGCGUGCCUCUUGUCUCCCUGCUGCCUGUGACCCCAGGAGGCGGGAGGGCGCGGCCUGGGGACUUUCUGUCCAGAUAAGGCCUGUUGGCCUGACCUGGCCAAAUGCAAGUCCUGUGGAGUAGCAGCUGCAGGGAGGGCGAGACCGCCAUUCCUCUCGGCCACACGCAGGGGCCCAGCUCACACAUUUCCACAGCCACGCACAUACAUCCUACGACUCAGCUUAGGGGCAAGCAUGCCGCAUCCCGAGCUGCUUUUAAAACCCAUGUUUACCACAUCGGCCAGCGGCAGCCUAGAGAGGGAGCCUUUCUCGUUUCUGUCCUCGGACGUCAUGCUCUGAUGGCAUCUCUGUGGCCAGCUUACUCUCUGUCUGGGGUCUGGGGUGCCUGUGCCAAGAAAUCCUGGCUGGCCUAGCGGUGGCUGCUGGGGAUGGGACGCACUGUUGAGGACAGAAACCUUAACACGUAACCAAGAUGCUGCGGGGCUGUCUGGGAGGCGCACCGGGAGUCGCCGUUGUAAGUCGGGACAUUAUGGGAGCCUGGACAUCGGGUUCCGUGGAGCCAGACGAGGGCCUUCCAUGGGGCGCGGUCCUGGCAUUCUGCAGAGCUGUCAUUGCUUGCUUGCUCUCCGGUGUGUGUCGCUUCUCUCCUGGAGCUUUGUCGAGAAGGCUUGUCUGGCUUCGUAUGUAUUUGCUUUGUGUCAGCGUCACUGAAAGACGGCCACUCCGUGUCCUGGCGGGAGCGGGACGGGCUGGCUCUUCCCCACAGCUGGGAGCGGACAGCAGGCCCUUCCUCGAGCCUGAGGCUUCGGAGAGGGCUGUGCUGGCCUCACUUCCCCGGGCCAUCUGGUGCCCUGCCCCAAGUGUGCCAGACGUGCCGAGCCCCCCGGACUGGAAAGCACACCCCAGUGCUGGCGGGGGGCCAGUUGUUAAUGUCCGCUCUGCCUCGGACUGGCCGCUGGGUGACUCGUGACAGUGCCACGUGGGUAGCAAAGACACCACAUCCCGUGUUCUUAAGGCUGAUUCAAGAAUUCUUGGUCUCGGGGCGCCUGGGUGGCUCAGUUGGUUAAGCGACUGCCUUCGGCUCAGGUCAUGAUCCUGG